CGCAUUACACGGCUAGUGAUUUGGCGACGUGUACCCGGUGUGUGGAAGUGUUUAGGUUUCUUACCUCCGCCGGGGAACUGUCCGUUAGAAAAUCCCCGUAAAGCCCAUAAAUCACAAAACAUGGGAGCAUCUCAGAGCGUGGAGAUACCAGGUGGAGGCUCAGAGGGUUACCACGUCCUCCGGGUUCAGGAGAACUCACCAGGGCAUCGGGCAGGACUGGAGCCUUUCUUUGACUUCAUCGUCUCCAUCAACAACAACAGAUUGAACAAAGACAACGACACCUUGAAGGACUUGCUCAAAGCCAACGUGGAGAAACCAGUAAAGAUGCUGGUGUACUCGUCAAAGACCCUGGAGCUGCGGGAGACCACGGUGACUCCCAGCAACCUGUGGGGAGGCCAGGGUUUGCUCGGGGUGUCCAUCCGCUUCUGCAGCUUCGAAGGGGCCAACGAGAACGUGUGGCACGUCUUGGAAGUGGAGCCCAACUCCCCGGCGGCCCUCGCUGGCCUGCGGCCGCACACCGACUACAUCAUCGGAGCCGACACCGUCAUGAAUGAGUCAGAGGACCUGUUCUCUCUGAUAGAGAGCCACGAGGGAAAGGGCCUGAAGCUCUACGUCUACAACACAGACACGGACAACUGCAGGGAGGUGGUCAUAACGCCCAACGGUUCCUGGGGAGGCGAGGGCAGCCUUGGAUGCGGGAUCGGCUACGGAUACCUCCACAGGAUUCCCACCCGUCCUUUUGAGGAAGGGAAGAAGAUCAGCUUCCCUGCAAACUCUUCUACAGAGCCGGUCAGUCCCCUGAAAGACGGAUUCACAGAGGUCCAGCUUUCUGCUGUAACUCCUCCUUCCUCCACGCCUGUCGUCUCAUCCGGCCUUGAAGACGGACUGUCYGGCCUGUCCAUCAGYUCCGCUCCGCCCACCAUGCCCAGCUUGCCCACAGUCCCUCUCCUCCCCUCCACCUCCAGCUCCUCCUUCUCUCCCCUCCCUCCACUGAAUCCUGCUGCCGCCGGUUUUAACCCAGCCACAACGCUACCAGGUCUCAUGCCUCUCCCAGGAGGGCUGCCUCCACUCCCCAACCUCCCCAACCUAAACCUCCCACUCCCAGACCUCAGCGCCGUCUCCCUGGCAACCUCCAUAUCUACAGCAGCAGGAACGACAGUGCCCCCUCUGGCUCAGCUGCCCCCCCUGUCCCUACCAGGUCUGGGUCAGUUCCCUCCGCUGCUCCCCAACCCCCCUCUGCCCUUCGUGCCCGCCUCUAGCGUUGCCGCCUCCGUCGCGGCGACGACCGUCCCGGCCGCCAUCGCCAUCACAGAGGCCGACGCCACAGAACCCUCGGCCCCUACGCAUACAACACUACCACCGUCGUAAUGUCACCACGAAGCUUUUAACGCAGCCGGUUCUUCUCUCUUUCUCCCAUCUGUCUUUCUGUGGUUUUUCUAUUUAUUUGGCCAGGAGAGAGCAGGCAGCGAGGCGCAACAAUGGCCGACGCCCCAGUUAGAGCGGAGGCAAAGAGACGGGAUGGUAGUUCUAGAUCAGUCCGACGUGUCCGUGUUGCCGGAUUGUCAUUCAGCAGAACUGGUAGCACUGCAGCUUGUCAAAGCUACUGUACAGAGAAGAUUGCUUCACACUUCUGCAGUAAACAGUUAUUUUUUUUCUUCACUUUUUUCCUAACUGGUUUACCCUUGCCAACCCCCCCUUUUUUUAAUAUAACUAUUACAUGUUAAUGGGGCUGGAUGAUGAGCAGAAUUUCUUUUGACUUUGAAGUGGGAUGACUAACUCCUGCACUGCUGUAUAAAAAAAAAAAAAAAACAUCUACAUAACUAUAAACAUGUUUAUGUUACCCUGUUUUCCAGCUCCAUUCUGCAACCUUUUUAUUGGUAGCUAACAAACCCCCACACCACACCUUUAGACUUGAUUAAAUUACUAAUUCUGAAGUUUUCCAGAAUGAAUCUGCAUCAUUUUGCACCACUUCAUUUGUUUUUUUUUUUAAAUGAUUAGAGUCCCUUUGUAUGUCCCCACAUAUAUGCAGAACUCUAUAUUACACAGUAUGUCAGCAAACAGGUUGAAAGGUCAUGGUUCUUGCUGCUGGGUUACCCACCCCUGAACCCUGUUUGGGUCGGUCACAGUUGCAGUACAGUCUCUGUAAAACUUUCAAGAAAACAUCUGCAGAAUGCACGGUGCAAGCAAUAAAGCCAAAUGAGUUUUACAAACUGUG